UGCCCAGCGGCUCCGCGACCCGGGCAUCCUCUGCCUUCUCCUCGUUCCCACUGGAAUCGCGCUCCUAGCGCUCGCAAAAAGCAGCGCUCGCCGGGACCCUCGGUUGCUGCCGUCGGAUAGCGUUUGCUGUCGAGACAACAUGCCCAUCACUCGGAUGCGCAUGAGACCUUGGCUAGAGAUGCAGAUUAAUUCCAACCAAAUCCCAGGGCUGAUCUGGAUUAAUAAAGAGGAGAUGAUCUUCCAGAUCCCAUGGAAGCACGCUGCGAAGCAUGGCUGGGAUAUCAACAAGGAUGCCUGUCUGUUUCGGAGCUGGGCCAUUCACACAGGCCGAUACAAAGCAGGGGAAAAGGAGCCGGAUCCCAAGACCUGGAAGGCCAACUUUCGCUGCGCCAUGAACUCCCUGCCAGAUAUUGAGGAGGUGAAGGACCAGAGCAGGAACAAGGGCAGUUCAGCUGUGCGGGUGUACCGGAUGCUCCCACCCCUCACCAAGAACCAGAGGAAAGAGAGAAAGUCCAAGUCCAGCCGAGACGCUAAGAGCAAGGCCAAGAAGAAGCCAUAUGGGGAAUACAGCCCCGAUACCUUCUCUGAUGGACUCAGUAGCUCCACCCUGCCCGAUGACCAUAGCAACUACACAGUUCGCAGCUACAUGGGGCAGGACCUAGACAUUGAACGGACUCUCACUCCAGCGCUGUCACCGAGCGUCAGUAGCACUCUCUCUAUCUGGCCCAUUCCAGUGGAAGCCGUGCCAGACAGCACCAGCGACCUGUACAACUUUCAGGUGUCGCCCAUGCCCUCCACCUCCGAAGCUGCAACAGAUGAGGACGAGGAAGGGAAAUUAACUGAGGACAUCAUGAAGCUCUUGGAGCAAACAGGGUGGCAGCAGACAAGCGUGGAUGGGAAGGGGUACCUGCUUAAUGAACCCGGGGCCCAGCCGACCUCUGUCUAUGGAGAGUUCAGUUGCAAGGAGGAGCCAGAAGUUGACAGCCCUGGGGGGUAUAUUGGCCUGAUAUCUUCAGAUAUGAAGAACAUGGAUGCCAGCUGGUUGGACAGCCUGCUGACCCCGGUCAGGCUGCCCUCCGUCCAGGCCAUUCCUUGUGCACCAUAGACGGGCCCCCUGGCCUCCUUUGACUCCUUUAGGCCACAGGGCCUGGCAUCAUGGUGGUGGUGGUGCAGAGAAGCAGAAAUCCUGUGGCCCCUUGAUAUGAUGAAGUGUGACCCCACUGCUGACCAAGGGUGAAGCCUCCUCGGGACAGUGGCCCCCUGCAGUCCGGCAGGGCAGGGUCUGGACUCAUCUUGUGGGGUAAAGCUGGCCCUGCCUCCUGGGAAGAUUGGGAUCUGAGAUUGGCGUGUCAGAUGGCAGUCGCAGACAGGAGUCAGCCUCCAGCUUUCCCCUCUGAGCCCCACUGCCUGGAGAGGGCUUUGCUAUCCCUGAGCUGGCCCGAGGGAACGGACCAGUGACCUCAGAAAACACGGCACCGACUCCAGGGCGGGCUCUGCACUAAGAGACAAUUGCACUAAGUGGAUCCUGUUCCCAAAGUGACCGCCUCCCCUCCUAGCUGAGCCCUGGGGACUGUUCCAAAGCCAGUGAAAUGUGAAGGAAGAAUGGGGUCCCUGUGGGACAGUGCCCCCCCUGCCUCAGAGGAGCUCUGCCCUGCUCCCUGCUUAGGCUGAGGGGCUUGUGAAAAAAAACUGGCACUUUUUCUUGUGGACCUUGCCACGUUUCUGAUCAGAGGUGUACACUAACGUUUUCUCAAGCUCUUGGCCUUCGCAUUUAUUUAUACUGUGCCUUGCCCUGCUCCCACGUGCCCCCUCAGGCAGGCCCCGGCAGCCCCCAGCAGGCCCAGAGAGGCAAGCGUGAGCGCCUUGGUGUGAUUUAAAAUUGGAAAUACCAUCUGACCACUAAGUCUUGUGUGACCACACAUUUACAUGUGUGUAAAUAUGUACAUUUGUCUUUUUAUAAAAAUUGUAUUGUUUAUAA